CACCUUCUGAAGGUGGCAGAAGGGGGGCCCGCGUGUGGUUCGCGCCAUUGUUGGCCCCUGACUCGAGCAUUCGAUCAUCUUUCAAGCUUUUCUUUGCAUCUCUGAAGGCGUCUAAGGUUUGAGUUUGGUGCGCCACCGGACGCCCUUCCGUAGCUGCGAACCCAAUAAAGCUUUUGUGAGCUUUUGUGAGCUUUUGUUCGUGAUAGAUAGAGGUCGGUGACGGUAGUUCGGAAGUAGAGCUGAAUCCAAGGAUUAUUGGGUUUGGAAAGACAGUUAGGUUUUAGAGUAGGCGAGUUGAGGAGAGGAGAGGAGGGCAGAGUAGAAUUUUUUUGUCCUUCAUUUUUAAAAUUGAGAUUUGUUUUUCUUCGUGAUUUGAGUUUUGGUAGUUUUGGUAGUUUUAUUUGAGACUCGAUCCGUGGAGAUGGGUCGCAUGAAGCCCGCUGCGUUGUUGCAGCAUAGUAAGAAGAAGAAAGGGCCUGCCCGCCUGAGUUCGUCCACGAUCGUGAUGGUGGGGGUGGUACUCGUCCUUUUGGUAUUGUCUGUUCUCGUGAUGAAUAGACACCAAUCUGCAGGAUGUAUGUUGGCUGAGUGGUGCCGCAGAAGCCGAGAUGGGAGUAGUAACCAAGGCGUUGCUGGUUUCGUUGAAGAGAAGGUUGCUCAUGAUAAGUCCAAUGACAAGUCCAAUGACAAGUCCAACGAUAAGUCUGAUGAUAAGUCCGAUGACAAAGCAGGUGUAGAUGGGAGUCUCUUCGAACGAUAUGCGACUCUGAACACUACGAAGGGAUUCAUCACUGUCGAGCUUUUUGGAAAGAAGACACCUCUCACUGUGGAGAAUUUCAUCACACACAGUAAAAACGGAUACUAUGAUGGAGUGUUAUUCCAUCGUAUCAUCAAGGACUUCAUAAUCCAGAGUGGUGAUCCUAAGGGCGAUGGAACUGGUGGCGAGUCGAUAUGGGGUGGCAGCUUCAGGGAUGAAUUGAAUAAAGAGUUGGUUCAUGAACCAUUCACUCUAUCGAUGGCAAACAUAGGUGAAAAAAACACGAACAGAUCGCAGUUCUUCAUAACCACAAUUGCUGCACCGCACUUGGACAUGAAGCACACUGUGUUUGGACGUGUUGUUCGUGGUAAAGAGGUGGUCCAGGCAAUUGAGGACGUGGAAACAGAUGAUAAAGAUAGACCUCUAAAACCUGUUCACAUUCACAAUAUCAAGAUUCAUGAUGAGCUGUGAGGACGAGCUGUGAGGACGAGCUGCCAUUUUUGUUGCCCCAGGAUCGCCAUCAACUGUAGCGCCUAUUGCACAUUAUCUGGCUAAUAAUUAAAUCACUUUACAUUGAGGAGAAUGGCGUUGAAAGCAGAAAGAUUUAUUCACUCAAUCCUGCCAGCCACCCGCAGAGUGAACCACUAUUGGUGUAAUGAAGCUGUCGAUUUUCCUGUCCGUCUCUGGGUUAUUAUACCACAAGACAGGCACGUCAGUAUCUUUAACUCAAAGGUGAAAUUUUAUGGACUUCAGAUGAGUGGAUAUGUGAGUAAGGAGUUAUUGCAGUCUAUCUCCUUGGAAGCAUUGAUAGAAGUGGAAGUAGAAAUAGGACGAGUUUGAUUGAUUUUUGGCAAAUAAAUUUUAUGCUAUACUGCCUUCAGUAUGCUUGUUGUAUAGUUGCUCAUGGAAGGUGAAAGAUGAGCCAUGCAUGGGACGUCUUGUAUGCACAUCGUGAUGGGUCCACUAUACAGUAACCCAGGAUUCGGCAUGCAUACUCCACUCUGCCACCCAAUUAUUGCACAUAAUGUAAGCCAUAAGUAGCAUUAGCAAUAUGAUGCAACUUUUUCUAAUAUCAAGUGAAUUUCACAGGC